GUACCAUUUGCUUUAGCAGCUGGAUUAUCUUCUUUGGGAGAUCCUCGUGUCGUUAUUAUUGGAGGUUUUGCUGAACUUAUUUCCGGCUCGAUUUCAAUGGGAUGUGGUGGAUAUUUGGCAGCGAAAUCUGAUUUAGAUCAUUAUGAUACCGAAAGACGUCGGGAAGAAUGGGAGGUGAAAAACUGUUUAAGUGCCGAAAUUCAGGAAAUUGUAGAUAUAUUGUCACCUUAUGGGUUGGAUGAAGAAACUGUGGCUCCAAUUAUUGAGAAAUUAAAAGAUAAUCCUGAAAAAUUCGUUGAUUUUAUGAUGAAAUUUGAAUUGAAUCUUGAAAGACCCGAUCCUUCUCGUUCUUUGAAAAGUGCGUUUACGAUUGGAAUAUCCUAUUUUAUUGGCGGUCUUGUUCCUCUAAUACCAUACUUCUUUAUGGAAGAUACAACUUUAGCUUUAUUAGUUAGUAGCGUUAUUACAAUAUUUUGCUUAAUUGUGUUUGGGUUCGUUAAGGCUGCAUACACAUCACCAAAUAAUGCAAUAUCAAGUGCAAUACAAACCGCGCUUGUAGGUGCUUUAGCAGCGGCAGCUUCUUAUGGGGGUGUAAAGUUAGUCGAAGGUUUGUAA